AUGAAUCAAAAAUCGUAUCCGAGUUUACAUCGACCUGAAUACUUUACAGGAAUGGAUAUUCUGCAACAAAAUAUUGCACCAGGUGCAUUCCAUGACUCCGAUGAAUCGUGCGAUCCCCCAAAAUGCCAUCCACGUACACGUGAAGCCGUUCUCGAAAAAAUUAUGCAAUGGAUACGAAUUCCAGACGUCGAACGAGAGUCUUUCUUUAUGUGGUUAUACGGUCCAGCAGGCUCAGGCAAAUCGGCUAUUGCCCACACUAUCGCGGAAAUGUGCAAAGAAGCGGGGCUUUUGGCUGCAGCGUUCUUCUUCUCUAGAAACGCCGCUGGUCGUAAUGACAAAACUCGACUCGUUGCCACAUUGGUUUACCAGUUGGCACUUUCAAUACCUGCAAUGCGUACGGAAAUGUGUUUGGCUUUGGAAACUGAUCCUGCGCUAUUUAAAAAGUCCCUUGAGGCUCAACUCACAGCUCUUGUUGUUCGUCCAUUCCAAAGUGGUGUUGCUCAAGGCAAGAUUAUAACCAACAAGACACCUUUGCUUGUCAUUGUGGAUGGCCUAGAUGAGUGCGAAGACUCCUAUUCUCAAACCACCAUUUUAAAUGCUCUGUCUACACUUAUACAUCGCUACAACCUACCAUUUUACUUCCUAAUAGCCAGCCGCCCGGAAUACGAGCUUCGGAGGGCCUUCGAUGCAAAAACGUUCUCGUCGUGUACAAUGCGGAUUGCAUUAGACAAUGACUACCGAUCUCACCGAGAUAUCAAAGUCUUUUUCGAGGACAAGCUGAAAGAGCUUCGGAACGACCACCCGGCAGGCGAUAAUUUACCAGAUUACUGGCCCUACGGAGAACAUGGAUUAGACCUGGAUGUACUAGUAGAGAAAUCCUCUGGUCAAUUCAUAUACGCGUCCACCGUGAUCAGAUACGUCUCUUCUCAUAGACACUGGCCACCAGACAGGCUGGAAACUGUGUUUGGAGUAGAGAGUAGCGAGGAUGACUCAACCCCCUUUUCCGACCUUGACGCACUUUACACCCACAUUCUCACCGCUGCUGACAUCUACCGCAACAAAAAAAUACAUAAUGUGUUGCUUUCUCUUGUCCUACGGCCCUUUGGAAGGUCCACACAGCAAACAAUAUCCGACAUCGAGAAAUUCUGGGGGUACCGCACUGGGGAAGUAAGCAUGCUGUUGAGCGACUUGCACUCGAUCAUCAAUGUUCCACCUAAAGGGGACACCUGGAAAUCACCCAAAAUCGCUCAUGCUUCAAUGUCUGACUUUUUGCUCAAUCGCGAAAGAUCUGGAAAGUUUUACAUUGAUGAAAAAGAGGGAUAUAUCAAGCUAGCAGUGGUGGCAGCGAAACAUCUAAACUCGUCUUCUCGACCAUUUGAAACCUCACAACUUGUACAAGUAUUGUACGAGGCAUGUUCUGUAGAUGCAAAGGCCCCUCCGGAGCUAUUUGAGCAGCUACACGUGAUGGAUCCGACUCCUAUCUUCCAAUCGAAGUCAAAUUUUCCAGAAUUGAUAUGCUGGAUGGCUAAACAAUGCCAUCCUUCUUAUACGACAAGCAUCGUGCAGCGCCACAAAGCUCGUUUAGAUCAAUACUUUUUGGAAGCCAUAUCCAAGCUUCCAGCUGUACCGUGGACGAAAAAGGUUCUGACUGCCAUGUCCCUUCCCGAAUUUGUACCCUCAAUUUCUCCGAUAUUCAAAAUACUACAAGACGAGCUGCCGGGACCCCAGGGGGUUGACCCAGAAGGCUAUUUGAUUAAACUGACAGAAACCCGAAAUUUUAUUUUCCCCUUCUCUAGGUCAACAUGGAAAGAUCGUUUUGAAUAUUGUGCAAUGUACUCUGAGUUUCAAAAGAACUAUCAACUGCCUGAAUCUUUUGUGGUCCGACCAACCGACUACUCUGUUCUCGCUCAGAGUGUCUGGAAGUUCAUUCGUCGACGACAUUAUUUGGAGCAUGAUAACCCCGAGUCAUGGGCGCUUAACAAUUACCGCAUUCCGGUCUUUUUCUGGGCUCCUAAUAGUCUGCAGGCCAAAGUGCGCACAUUGCCGGGAGAGUACUGUCUGUACGGAGAGCUUGCCUUUGAUUUGCUAUCUGCUCUUCUUAAAGUCUGUCCGCCGGCGUCGGACGACCGGGAAUUGGUGACCUGUCUUCGGGAAACAGUGCCAAUGCCUUGGGGUUCCGAAGCAGAUCCUUUGCUACCUCACAAAAUAAGAACCAAUGAGUUAAUAUCCAACUAUUUAGGCGAUUUAAUUUAA